AUGAACUCGGAUUCCGUUGAAAUUCGUUCUAGUUCUGCUGCCUACUUGCUUCUGCUACUAGGGCGAUGCGCUGCUAAGCUGCCGCACGUCGGCUUCUUCCAUAAGAUAAUUUUCAGGCGAAUGCCGGCAUUCACUAUUGCUGUUUCGAUCUACGUAGUCACUGUUAUUACUGGUAUUUUCGGGAAUAUUUGGGUGGUAUGCUCGAUAGCGCGGAGUCGGAAGCCGAGAGGUCUGCUAAGGCACAGUUCGCCGUCAGACCGUCUCCGCGCCUACAUAUCCGUGCUUGCCAUCGUCGACCUCACGGUUCUGAUGGUUCUUCUGGUGAGGACCAUUUACCUGACGCUGCCAAAUUUGAUGCUUGACACAAAUAGUUGUCGAGCGAUGUUCGUCAUCGAACAGGCAGUGAAACUCGCUUCGCUUACUCUCUUAUCGUGUAUUAGUAUAGAACGGUACAUUACAAUACGGAAACCAUUCUGCAGUCAGGUGCGGAAACGUUUCAUCCGGCUCACACCACUUAUUGCGCUUGCACUUCUCAGCGUUGUCAUAGUGGCCAUACUUGUUCAGGUUCAAUCAGUGGCGACCUCCUCCGACAGUUUGAACUGCGUUCGCAUGUACCGAGGUCGAAUGCUGCCGCGGUUAGGCGCCUACCUCACAGCAAUAGCCUUUUUAUCGAAUCUAACCACGAUCUCAGUUAAUUAUGGUCAAAUUGUGAGACAUGUACGGAGAAAGUUCAGCAAGCGGAAAGCGAGAGUGGUUGCACACUCACGCACAAGGGAAUCAGCUGUGACAGAACCGCGUUACAUGAAGGAAAUGACAAACGCAAUCAUCCGAGUGUUCGUAUUUCAUGUGAUCUGCUGGCUGCCAUCUUGCCUGAUCCAGUUCCUGCCGGACAUAGGACUCGUCUCGGAGCUGCUCACAACAAUUCGUUACUUCAACAAUUUCUCAGACUUCAGAACUGUGCGUUGGUCAAUUUUCGUUGCCAACUGGUUGACCUACGCGAGUGCUGCUGGAAAUUGGAUAUUUUACGCAGCGAUGAAUAGGGAUUUACGAAGUCUCAUAAGAUACGCAACUGAGAGGCGGAAGAGAUCAACGUUGUCUCACACCGCUUCGCCAUCCAACGUCCAUCGCAAUUUGCGACAACAGAUGUCGGCUUCGAUGAGGGUUCUCCAGUCGCUGUCUUAUCGCAGCAGCUUAGCGGGUUCACUUGACGAGGUCACCUGUCCUCCGUCGCUUCUGCAGCUCUCACCGAAGUCAUCAACUGUCAGUCAGGAUCAAAACAACAGCCCGAGCAUAAUUCGCCAAAAGUCGAAUCACAUUGCUCGUGAGGUCUAG